AUGGCCUCGUCGAUCAACUUUCCCGUCGUUGAAGAUAAUAACCUAGACGAUGCAGAGCUUUGGGCCGUCAUCGAUUUCGCAGCCGCCGCCUCUCACUCCUCCUCCAGUUCACGCAAACCGCUGGCGCUGAAGCAUUCUAAUAUUCAGUCUCACAGUCCAUUUCCGAAUCAUCCCUCACCUGUAACCAAAUUCUCUAGAAAUCUUCGGACACAUUACACGUUGGAGGAUGGUGUUAGGGUUUCUGCUGAUGGCGAGGUCUUACAGGAGCCCUGGAUUCGUCACCGACCGCAGAAAAUCGCCAGAUCCCGUGAUCCUGAUUCCACUGAAGAUAAUCAGCUGGUUAUCGUCAAGCAUUUGCAGCGGACUCCUACUACACCGUCGUACUCGUCGCCAGACACUGGGAGGUUUACUGUGCAAGAGAUUAGUCCUGCUUCUUCAGGGGCCUCCCCGUCCAGUUUCUGGCUGAAUGACACUAAAAAUAACACGCCACAUAGCUUAUCCGGUCAGUUCCCUUCGGUCUCUCUUUUCAAGGAAUACCAGAAUGCGGCCAUGGCGAUCCUGGAGAAAACUGAUUACACAGUAAUUUCUGGGAUCCCAUUUAUAAAGAAAUCAGGUUGGAGGAAGAUAUCAUUUUACUUCAAUCUGUCCUAUGAAAUUAGAGACAAAACUAUUGAGUUUGAUGAGAACAGAAAUGUACAACGAGCUGAAUUUGUGGUUCGGGCAUACAUGCAAGGUGGUAGAUUCUCAGAUGGAUGGGGGUCAUGUGAACGUCGUGAGAAAUGGUUUUUUAAACCAAACCAUGAUAUUCCCAGCAUAGCAGAAACCAGAGCUAAGAAUAAAGCAUGCCAGGACCUAUUAGGAAUUGGAGAGUAUCGAUCUGGUGCUACCAAUGCUCAUCGAUGAAUAAUAUAGCCUAAUCAGUGUACUCGGUGAAAGAUUCUGAUUCAUUCUCAUCCGGAGAUAAUUGGAGAUGUCAACAUCAUUGGUG